AUGACUUUACCUAAAAAGUGAGUUGGGAUGGAUUACUGUAGGGAAACCUCCAUAGGUAAACCUCCACAUACUGUAGGGAAACCGCAUUUGUACCAAUUUGUUAUGGGUCGGCCACGUUCUCAAUUCUUUCAACCACCCUCCAAAAUUAUUUUUUUCUCUUCAAAAUCCUAAUUUUUGCAGUGAACAAAAUAAAAAAGUAAAACAUUCGAACAAGCGAAAAAAUAAACGAAGUGAAACGAAAAAGCACAAAGAAUCUGACCAAACGAAACACACAACACAUUUGGAACCGAAAGAUUCGAAGGAUAAACAUCGGAAAAAAGGACAAACAACUGAAGCACCAGCUCCACCAACAGUUGCAGCUCCCACAAUUGUUGCUCCUCCUCCUCCAGCAGCAGCACAUUCACCACCACCAGCUGAUAAACACAAUAAUGUUGCACAUGCUCAUUCACCGCCACCAAUUACAGUUGCUGCUCCAACAACAAAUCUGAAGCCACAUGGAAAAGAAAAGGAAAAAGAUAAAGCUGUUGAAAAACAUGUUGAAAAGAAAUCGAAAGUAAAAGAGAACCAUGGUGGACGAGGAGAAAAAGAGCAUCGAGCUGAAUUAUCCGAGGCUCCACUUUCACAUAAAGAUAUUACGAUUGGAAAUGGUGGAUCGAUGAAAUCGGAUAAAAAAGAUAAUGAGAAAUGGUUUGGCGAAGAAGCCGCAUUGGCUUUUAUCGAUAAAGUUGGUAAGCAUUUUUUUUGAGAGGAACUAUGGGACCAGGGUGACCGGUUCCGAUUUUUCUUUCAAAAUUUCCAAUUAUUUUCAGAUUCAUUAGCUGCUCGAACAGAGUUUAUCGAAAUCAACAAAAUUCAAUGCGAUCUUCAGAAGUGUCAAAUUUGGCAGAAAAACAAGGCGAAAAAUCAAUCAGAUGUAUGUUUUCUUCUUCUCCACUCUCUCUAUUCAUCCUCUCGAUUUUUUCCAGAAAUUUCCAUGUUACGAUCAAAACAUUGUCAAAAAUGCAAAUAAUCCGGAUGAUUAUGUGAAUGCAACAUCUGUAAAUAUUCCAAAUGUCACCCGGAAUAUCUUGAUUGGUCAAUUUCCGAAGAAGGAAUCUUCCGAAGAAUUUUGGAGAUUGAUGUUUCAAGAAAAUGUGAUGUUAAUGCAUAUUCUGAUUGGUUAUGAUGAAGUCGCCGAUUUUUUUCCAAAUCUUCCAAAUGCCUAUGAACAUUAUGGCAGCAUGUUUGUGAAUAAUCGAAGGGUUGAAAGACCAGACAAUGAAACUAUCAAAUUUUUGAUGGAAGUCUUACCAACUGGUUGUUCGAAUUCGAAUAUGAUUAAUAUCAUAAUGCAUCUUCAAUGGAACUCACAAAAUGUCCCGCCGAAGUUCAGCAAAACUGUUAAAUCAGUGAUUGAUGUUACGAAUUAUGUGCAAGUUGCGGUACGUGGUUUUUUCUAUUAAAAUUUUCAAGAAAAAUUCAAAUGUCAAUUAUUUUCAGCCGGCGGAUGAAAAAUGCAUAAUUCUUUCGAAAAACGGUGUUGGUCGAGCUGGUUUCUUCCUCGCAUUAUGCUCUUGUGUCAGUUCAUUGAACAAUAAAAUUGAGCCGAAAGUCGUGAAUAUUGUGAAAACAGUUCGGGAACAACGACCAUUUGCUGUCGAAAGUUUCAAACAAUAUACAUCGCUUUAUUUGUGCCUUGUUUAUUAUAUCAAAAAGAAAGUGAAUGAUCCGAAAUUGAAUAGAAAAACUCGAGAAAUCAAUGAGGCAUUUAAAUGUAUAUUGGAAGGAGCUGGGACUUCUGUAAUGCCAUCAAUUUGA